CACGCAUACAUACGUAUUUGCUGCGCGAGCCAAUGUCGCGAUUAGCUAUCAUAAUGUCACGUGUCUCGGUCUCUCGACUUCAUUUUUGUUUUAUCACGUGAAGAGGAUGAAAAAAAAUCAACUUCGCCGCGAACUUUUGCUAAACGAGUAAGCAGGUAUAAUUUUAGGCUAUCAGCUGAGCGCAGCAUAUAGGAUCAUGCGAAGAGAGACGCACAAUAUUGAGUUCUCUAAAGAUAAAUUGAAGAAAUAUUCAAAAAUCAGUGUGCGAGAGCAAUGAAUGCUGCAAUUGCGUUAUGUACCUUCUGUGAAAUACACGGGCCCAAAGUGAUAUUUACUACACAAACAUAUCGCAACUAUGAUAUGCAGAAUACAGAAAAGCUCAAGUUUUAUGGACCUAAGGAAGUAUUGAGGCAAUGCCAUGUAUCCUUGGAAGACGGACAAGAUGAGUGCGAAGGUUGUCAAAGCAUUGGGAAUAUUAAAUAUUUAAGUAAUGAUCACGACACAAGGACAUCUUUCUUAUCCGCUCAGCAAUCAUUAAUGCAAGAUAUUGGAAACUUGUUAAAGCAUGCAUGUAUUAGGAGCCUGAGCUGCGAGGUACAUCCUGGUAAGGAGGGUGUCUGCUACUUCGGAGAUGAGUACAGGGGGCAUGUUUUAAGUCAUACUUUUACAUUGAAAGACGCCCAGGCAAGAGGUUUCAGGAGAUGGUACAGUUUUAUCGUUUUCAUGAGGGACAAGCAAUUUUUAUUGAACAUGUGGCCGUUCUUAAUUGACAAUUUGAAGGAAGUAAUCAGAGAGCUGCAAGAUUUCGCUGAGAAAAGAUAUAACGCAGAAGAGGCGGAAUGUCCGCAAAGGGCGAUGAGGCUGACUACGGCGAAUAACGGGGCGGGUUGCCAUAAUGCUUCAACCAAACAGUCCAGAACGCUCACUGACAUAACAAAUGAGAAACAUGUGUUUGUAAGAAUUCACAUGUGGUUAGUAUGGAUUCUCAGUGCCGGUGCGAGACAUUUCGUAGAGGUUUUCCCGAUGAGUUUGCUAGACGACGAAAUUAAUUACAGUUUCGAUAAUCAAAUUGAAACUGAAGGAGGCUUCACUUUGGUGAACGCGAAACUGCCAAUAAACCUGAACCUGUACUCGGACGAGUCGAAAUUUUCGCCGGAGUUUUCCGAAAUUACGGAGAAAUCUACCGCCCUGAUCUUAAGAGAUCUCAAACGAUUGCUCGGGAAGGAUCAAUUUAGGCAGCUGCUGUAUUCCUGUCUGACUGGUGUUCAAAUUCUAGUGAGAGGCCCGAAGAUCCAACGAUUGGAGUCCUUGUAUGGACUUAGCAGUCUUGUGCCGAGAGCGUGUCGAAGGGUGAAGACGCAAACGUCCGAAUACAUGGAUCCUGACGCUUGUAACUUUAUCGGAGUGGACACUUCGGUAGCGGUGCCCUUGCCCUGCGCAAACGUAUGCAGAUUAGAUAUAAUACUCAACGAGCAUCAGGUUGAGAACACAAAUUCUCAUAUAGUCAAAUGGACGGGUGUGUUGCCGGCGAAACUCCCGACAUUGUUAGUGAAAAUCGAGAAAUCACUCGACAAUGAGAAGCUCGGAAACUCGGUUCUCAGGGCGCAUUUUGCGACUCUUCAAGAGGAAUGGGCCAAUAUUGCGAAAGUUGUUCACGCGAUGCAUGGGCGAGGCCAUCGCGGCGAUCUCUCCGGACUCAUGCUCAGUCUCGGUGCAGGACCUCAGGACAAGAAGCUGUUGGACGCCUGGUCUAUGGGAUUACCAUCUAAUCCAGCAUAGUUUGCAGAGAUUAAUUCGUUCGAUUAUGUAUGCGUGUGUAGUGUAUCCAUUGGGUAACAUAAUAUUUAUUGCAGAUUACAUACGUUCUUAUUCAGGUUCCUUCACCUUUGUCCGAGGAAUAUUCGUGCGUUCAAGGUUGUGUCUCCUUUUUUAUUUAUGACUUAGUUAAUAAAAUAAAGGCAAAAUA